ACGUGACUACAGUUUGCGUUGGAUUGUGGGUCAUAUCAACCCCACAAGUGAUUAAAGUUCUUUACUCGCUCCCUCGAGCUAAAUCGAGGGCCGAAUUGAACUUCGAUUUAAGAUGGCAAUCAAACUGCAUCCGGUUUCGACGGGGAUUUCGCCGAGGGAAAGUGGCUAGCGCGAGGGCUGAGGGGGUAAAAAUAACGUGUUUGGACUGCAGCCCCUGCUCAACAGACGCCAUAGGACUCUUUAAUGAUCAUAUGACCACUCGUUCCUCCCCUCCGUUUGCUUUCGCGGAAGUAAAAUCUAUCAAUGAGGUGGCUAGCAAAGCAGAGCAUCUAUCACUAUUUAUUGUCUUUUCCGACUGAAAAUCUUUAGUAACAUAACACUAGUCAGAAUGUUAUUCCAGGAGAAUAUGACAAAUUGUGUUACUUUUCAGACCAAAUUAACCUCCGUUAUCGAUGUGUUAGCCAAAACUGCGGUGGCAGAAAUAAGUAAAUUAUUCAAUGAUGGGUUUGCUGUUUUACGCUUGGAAAUGUGCCGAAGAGAAAAUGAAAUUGAAGCCUUAAAAAUCAAAUUAUUGUUUAUGGAGAACGAACGGCAAACGACGAGGUCCAAAGCGCGAGAAGCAGGCUGUUCUUCUGCAUGCUCUUCGUCUUCCAGCAGAGCAGAGCAGGGGUCCAAAGGGUGUGAUGAGGAUGCUGGUGAAAGGACUUCAUUUGAGCAGACCGCCAGGGAGAAAGUGAUCGCACCUAAAGACGACCAACUGGAUCAAAAUAGACCACAGCCACCUGCAGAAGAAAUAGAGGGGCUCGAUGAACAGUAUAGGUCUGGCCACAGAGAGAAGGGUAGUGAACUAGAGUUAGUGAAGACUGAGCAGGAAGAGUAUGAUGUUAUUUCACUACAUACAUCAGGAAGUGAACAUGGCACAGAGAGAUCAGAUCAUCAGGAAACUGAGUUUGCUGUGGAUGACAGAGAAAGUCAACUGUGGGCGUCUUUAACAGAGAGCAACUGUGACUCGGAGGGUCCAGAUUGCACUUAUGGUACAGAACAAUAUCCACAGGAUCAAGAUGCAGACAUACAGCUCAUUCAAAGUGCAGUGGAGGGUCUCGAUAGUGAUCCAUCGUCAGAGAUAGGUGACAUUAGCGGAGAGAUGCGAGCACAGUCUGUUUGGAAUGACAGAAGGACCCCUACAGAUUUGGUUCAGGCACAGCCAGGACAGCACAGAGAAACCAUGCACCCAGUGAGAAGGCAGGAUGGGACAACUACCAGAAUGCCGUCAGACAAACAAACACUAGCCAAUGAGGGUGCAGCAUAUUCCAAUGUUUGGCUAAACAAUGUAUUCUCGCUUGCCCCAAGUUGUUCAAAUGGUUUCAACUCAAAAGUAUCCCCAAGGAGAACCCCAGCAAGAGAGAAGUGGUUUGUUUGUUCCUUUUGUGGAAAGAGCUUUGACCGGGUCGGUCACCUGGAGAUGCAUCAACGGAUUCAUACGGGAGAGAAACCGUACAGCUGUGUGAUGUGUGGAAGGUGUUUCGCUCAGCAGAGUAAUCUCCGCAGACACCAGCGAGUACACAGGGGCCACACAACAAAGCAAACGGUCUACUGAUGGUUAUCACCAUGACGAGACAACUAAGAACAUUGUGAAACAACCUCAUUGACAUAUCAACAUUUUCUAAUGACUGAGAACAGAGUUGAUAAGACAAUCAAGACACACUUGCAGAAAGCAGCCGUGUGUUACUUUUGUCUUCCCAUUCUGUAAAGUGAGAGCAGUGAGACCCUACCACAACUGUUGCGCUAGUGGUGCUUAUAUACUGUAGAGAGGGAUCAAAGUAACAGGUUUACAGCCUCCUGCUUGUGACCUUUUAAGGAACGCUUAUUAAGAGGAUCUCCACCAUCUUUUGUAGAACUAGACUAAUACUACAAUGCAUACAUUUUUAUGAAUAAAAAUGAAAAUUCUCAAA